AUCACAGAAGAUUCUCAAUUGUUGCAUGGAUACAUAAUAAUAAUAAUUUGUUACAACCCCUAUGCUGUAUAGUAAAAUACAUAUGGGUUUAAUUAAUCAUAAGCAUGUAGUUAAUGUGUAUAAAACAUUUGAAAGCUCAACCAAAGUGUACCCUCUGCCUGUCUGCCCUGACUUCAGUCCACAGGCGAUGGUGCGGGGAGUGUGGGCGGUGCUACGGAUGGUUUCCACCAAAAGGAACCCUGUGCUUAAAUCAAACGUACCUGGUGCUUCCAGAGUUGAGCAAAGACAUAUCUACACUUCCUGCGUCAGAAAUAUUUCAAGUGAGGUAAAACCCCUACAGUCAGCUGUCAGAAUGCCUGAGAUAACCACAGACCACCUGGACGAGAAGCAGGUGAAGCUUCUGGCCGAGAUGUGCAUCCUCAUCGACGAGAACGACCACAAAGUUGGAGCAGAAAGCAAGAAAAACUGCCACCUGAAUGCUAACAUUGACAAAGGUCUAUUACACAGAGCUUUCAGCGUGUUCAUUUUCAACAGUGAAGAGAAGCUGCUCUUACAACAGAGGUCUGACGCCAAAAUCACUUUUCCAGGCUGCUUCACAAACACAUGCUGCAGUCACCCUUUACACACAGACAGUGAGCUGGAGGAGAAGGACGCAAUUGGAGUGAGGAGAGCAGCUCAGAGGAGACUCGAGGCUGAACUGGGUAUCCCCAUGGAACAGGUGACACCAGAUGAAAUGACUUAUCUGACAAGGAUCCACUACAAAGCCCAGUCAGACGGUGUGUGGGGAGAACAUGAGAUUGACUACAUCCUCUUCAUGCAGAAGGAUGUGGAUUUGAGUCCAGACCCCAAUGAGAUCAAAACCCACUGCUAUGUGAGCAAGGAGGAGCUUCAGGAGAUGUUGGAGAAGGCAAAGCGCAAAGAAGUGGAGAUCACACCCUGGUUCAGCCUCAUCGCAGAGACCUUCCUCUUCAAGUGGUGGGACAACCUGCACAACCUCAAACAGUUCAUGGAUCACAACAAAAUCCACCGCAUGUAAAUAAAUAAAUCAGCAUGGGGCCAUAACUUCAGUCAUUUCAAACCCUAAAGCUGUGUCACUGGCUAUUUGUUGCCAUGGUAGUAGCAGGUGAAAUACUUUUACACUGAAAAGGUAGAAUGUUUGUCAUGCUAAAUGCUAGAGGAAAUGUCGGUUUGUAGCUCUGAGGUAUACGCAUGUGAACUGAUGCAAGUAAAGUGACUCUUAGUCUUAAGGAUUUUGAAAAAAAUACAUCAUAUAAUCCAUUCUGAGUAGCUACACUCUGGAUUUACAGACUCAACAGAAAGACAUCAUGUUAUGAUAAAUAAUAAAUCCUAUCAAUGUUGAGAAAAGGCUAUUUUUUUUAUACAAGAACUUAAGUGCCUGAGUCCAGGUUAUUAGGUUGAGAGGAAUCUAAGUACUGAUGGGAUGUCUCGGCAACAACUCACUUCUGUAUAUUGUCAAUGAUUUCACUGAACAACCUUUGCACUCUUUUACACAAAGUGUUUGUGUUCAUUGGCAGAAGACGGCUGUGUUUUUGAAAUGAUGGCAAAAGAACACCUUGGCAUCACCCUGUAGAAUUGCAUUAAAGUGUUAAAUAAAAUUCAAGUUCAAUUUGUAUUGUAUAAGAGCUGCUUUAUUGGGGGGGUGCACUUUCUGUAUGGAAACACUUAAGGCACAUCACCUAUUUCUAAUAGAGCACUAAAGCCGAUACAUCAGAUGCUUAUUUAUAGCUUUCAUUGUACAACAAUUAAAUUGUAACAAACAGUUUUGUACUCGACAUGCAAAGAUUACAUUAAGCAGUACUAAAUCUAGUUUCCAGGAGGAAAUGAUUAAUACUGAAAUAAGAUAAAACAUAGUAAAUCAAAGGUCGAUGGCCAUAUCGUUGGAAAAGUAAAUCCUUACUUGUUAGUCAUUGUGAAGGGAACGGCCCAAUGGUGUGUUAAUCUAAAUGUGGAAGCCAAA